CCGCGGCGGUCCGCCAGCCCUGCUCCCGCCCCGCGGCUGACCGCUGGCCCCGCUCCGCCGCGGACCGUUGCCACCCCACCAGGCGGCCCCACUCGCUCCUCGCCUUGGACGGUCGCCAUGCCACCAAGCGGCCCCGUCUCUUUCUCCCCGCCGCGGACCGUCACCACGCCACGAGGCGCCCACGCUCGCUCCCUGCCGCGGACCCUCGCCACCGCACGAGUUUGCCCUGCUCGCUCCCCGCUGCGGACCAUCGGCACCGCUAGCUCCUCGCCGCGGACCGUCGCCGAGCCACGAGGCUGCCCAGCUCGUGCCCUGUCGCAGACCGCCAUGCCACCAGGCGACACUGCUCGUGUCCCGCCGCGGACUGUCGCCAUGCCGCUCCACGGCCGCGCUCCUGCCUUCGACCAUCAUCUUCCGAUGCUCCUGCCACUGGGCGAUGAUGGAGAUGGAACAAACAAGGUGUGGGCAGGGGAGAAGAGGCGCCGCAAGUACCUACCCCCAUCAUCUUCCGCCACUACCCAGCAUCUUCAAGACCCGAUUUCUCAUGCGACAGACAUGGAGAUGGAGGACACCAUCUUGCCACAAGAAGGUGGCGAUGAGCACACCGGGCCAGGCGUUAUUCUCACCAAGGAAGACCAGGCCGAAUAUGCUAAAAUUUUGCGUCCCAAUAUUUCUCCUCCUAUUGACCCGAACUCUUAUAUGGCAUUUGAGGACUACGACGAGAUAGAAGAGCGCCUUGCACGCCUUCGCAUCGCUUAUUACAAGAUUGUGAAGCCAGAGGCUGCACAUGAACUAAAGGAACCAGAAGAGUACACCGAGGAUGAACUUAUUAAGGAGUCCUACUUUCGGCAUUUGGAGGAUGAUGAUAGUUUUGAGUGGUUCUUCCAUCGCGAUGAUAGCCAGAACCCUGGAUUGAAUGACUACCAACGCAUUGUCCUUAGUAAUUUCCUGCCUGAUAGUUGUGAACGCCUGUAUCGCUAUCACGAUGAUUACCGCUCACGUUAUCAUACAUAUGAAAUUGAUUCCGUUUAUGUCAAGUACUAUGGAGAAAUAUCAAAGAAAUUGAAGUGGGUUGCAGAUUAUGUAAAUCUGGAUCGCAGUACCGAGAAGUGGAGAAACAUGGAUACUAUAGCAUGGAGGCAAGCAUUGAGGAUUGCAACCCACUUCCCCCAUAUGACUGUUCGUUUAGCUGCUUUUGCUUAUAAUGAGUACAUUAUAGAGCUGAGAGAAGAUGCGUCCCUCAAGGACAUAGAUCUUCUCUAUUUUGAGAUAUGGAGGCUUGUCGCCAAGGAAGAUAGAAAAUACUUAGAUGCUGUGAAGGAAGUAUAUGCAAUGGACAAAUUUGCUAUACACAAAAGGGUACUACAUGCUGAACUGAAUGCGGCUACUGUCUUUGUAACAAUAAAGCAAAUGAUUUAUUCUAUUGUCAAGGAGGGUGGCAUUGAUCUGAAGGCUAAGGAGGAUGAAGCUCGGGAUGUGUUUAGCAAGUUAGCUUUCGGGAAGCAUAAAACAAAGAACAUGGCGCAGUACGCUGAGAAGAAGAUGGAGAUCGCAGGUCGGUUGGGUUUGGACAAAAAGGAAAGAUUUGUUUUCGCGAGAAUAUGAUUAUGGAACACUGGAUUCGUCGCUUUUGGUUGGAAAUCUAUCUGUCAGAACUCAAGUGUCAUCUCAUCUAAAGUGAGACAGAGCUAAUAUGAUGGUCCGUUAUCUCAUCCAACACUCGGACAGAACUAAUAUGAUGAUGAUUGUAUUAUACAUAACCAGCCCACCAGUCUGAAUUGUGGAUGGUGAUCGGCUCUAGUUUAAAUUAGUGGAGUCCAGUCAUCCUUUGUAAUGUUAUUAUUCUUGUAUGAUGCACUCCCUCUGUAAAUUAAUUUAAGACGUCUUAGAUCACUAGAGAAAGGGCUUUAUCCAGAUUCAUGUGAUCCCAUGCACUCGUUUUCC